AUGGAUCAAUGGCUGCUGCUUGCUAAAGACGGCGAUCCUGCGUUAUUUUACGUUCCUUCUAGUAUCACCGGACUUAAUGUGACACCAGCCGGAGCUGUACAGCAGCGCAAACCCAACACCAUACAUGACGAAUAUUCUGUGAGAGUUCGCAUAGAAGACGAAAAUGUGCUCGAGGAAACGAAAGAAGGAUUCGAUGUGGCCAUCGAGAAGCUGAAACACACCCCAGAUGUUUGUGCUUCAAUUGCAAUAGCAUCCGGUUUAGUUGAAAAAAAAUCUUCUUUCUCUCUGGAGGAAACUGACGUUGUUAUCAAGGUUUCGAACUUUGUCCGGGACACAUUGUAUUUCAAUAGAAAGGUUGCUGGCUUGCAUGAUCCUUCUACAAAUGUUGAACAAGCGCCUGACUUUUUUUCGGUCUACCCAAAGCAAGGCAAACAGUACCCUCAACUCUUGUUUCCGGUCCGUUGUCACUUGAAUCCUAUGAUACCAGUCGUUGGAAAUGAUUCGCUUCCGAUAUCCCCAGACGCAAUUCAUCUGCUUUGCCAGGGCUCCGUUUACUUCGAGCUAAAACAAAGUGCUUACAGCUUUGAAGGCGUUAAUGGGCGUGUGAAACAGAUAGUUCUCGUUCCUAGUAUUGUUGCAGUCCGUGUAGAACCGCCGUUACGAAGAGCACCAACUCCAGCUUCUAUUGCCAAAAGACGCAUAUUGUCUUUCUAG